GAUGAUAUGUGAACUUCCAUCACUAUAUCCUUAAAUGCCACUGGAAACGGACCUCAAAAACAAGUUAAAGAAUGGCAAAAGACAUGAAGAGACUGGAAAUCGAAUGUGCUAAAGAAGUGUGCCCAAAAUAAAAGUUAUGCUGGCGGUACAGGCGGAGGACCACCAAAGGUACUUCAGUUAACAGAACUGGAAGAAAGUUUAUUGGAAAUCUUAGAUCCAGAAGCUGCUGGUUUGGCUAAUAUACCUGAAGCAGGAAAUUUUAAUAGGACUAAGCAGAGAGGAUCUGUACCUACUAAUCCUGUAGCUGCUAAUCCUGUACCUACUAAUGAUACAAUUCCACAAAAAGAAUCAUGCGAAACGAUUGCGCAAGAAAUUGAAUAACAUCCACCUAAUUCUAUGCAAAUGAAAAGGAAAUCUACUUCUACAUCGGCUUCCAAUAAUAAAAGGUGCAAGAUGGAUAACAUAGCCAAUUAUCCGUCAACGUCUACAAUUGGAGUUCUUCACAACACAGAUUUUUCAGCACGGGAGGUGGAAAGCAAUAUUAAUAUUUUUGACCAUAAUGCUUUCGAACCUGACAGUAAAGAAGUUGAUGACGUUGUUUUGGAAGAGAAUAAUACAAAUACCGCACCACGUGGGCAGGUCAUUUCUGAACGUCAUGAAGCGCAAGGCAAAGUUACCAAGGUACCAAGAUGUAAAGAAGAUCAAUCCA